GUGUGUGAGGUGAGAAAUAUUAAAUACAUGUUUUAUUAUAUUGCAGAUCACCCUUUUUCUGAUACGUAUAAUAUAUUAAAUAGUAUCGAACCCAGCAGCCGUAUUUGUGUUAUUACUACAACUAUAAUACCUAGACUAGGCUGUGACAAUGGCGCCCACACGUUGGUUUUAAUUAUACUUUCUUCGUUGGAUUGAGGGUGAUUCGUAAAUUUUACAACAUCGUUGGAGUUCAUCAUUUAUUCAUUAUAUCUUCCAUUUUCCUUGGCUAGCCGUUUUGUUUUUCCAUUUUCCACUACUACUAUACCUGUGCGCUAUUAAAACCCACUCGAGCAUGACUGAACAUUGGUCACCAUUCACCAAACUUUUCGCCGAUCACCAGCUGUUUAUAGUGAUCGACAUGUGUGCACUCGUCCGAUAGGCCUACACCGCUGGAAAACGUGUAUAUCUGGACAUUCCGCGUGCCAUCCAAAAUUCCAGGGACUGUGACUUUUCCGUAGUUUAAAUAUUUAUUCUAUUGACUGUUAAAUUUCAUUCUAUUGUGUUUAACUGUUUAAUAUCGUAUUGUCAUUGUUUAUUUAUAUACGUGAGUGAAGUGUGAGCGUGUAAGAAAGUGUAAAAUCUAAAUAACGCAAUUUAGUUCUUUAGUACACACUCAGGUAUUACAGCGAAGUAAGUGACAGAUUAACAUGUCAGCAUGUGCUAACAUUUUCAUUGCACUCUAUCAACAUUCUCAAUAUUAUUUUUGAGCAGAGGAAAUUCGAGUGAGCAGGUGCGUGUUUGAUUGACACAGUUUGAAGUCAUCAUUUAGAUCAUUCAUUUCAUUCAUCAUAGUUAUUAUAUUGACAUUGCUAAUACUUGACUAACUUUAUUGAAUUGUAUUUAGAUAGUAUAUCUUUAGAUUUACAGGCUCCUGAUAACUGUUUGCAGUAUUUACAGUUCUAAUAUUUCAGAUUACGUACGCGACACUGGUGUAGCAGUUUCAAAUAUUAAUUACUAUUUUCUUUAUUACAGGUUACCAGUAAUCACCAGAAUUUAAACCAAAACUUACUUUUGUAUUUAGUUUGUAUUGAAUUGUUUUAGGAGUUUAAUUUACUUUAAUUAGUUUCGAUAUUUAAUGAGUAAUAGUAAAUUACAGAAAUAUUUAGAAAAACCAGUUGAUCAGAAGAAAUUAGUUAGUCAACCAGUAUUGAUUAGUACAAGUUUAGGUAACUACCUGAAAAAACAUUUAGAUCUAUUGAAAGAAUAUCAUUUAUACUUGCAUUUUGAAUGUAGACCUGGUGCUCGAUUUACAGAUUUUUACAGUUGGUUAAAUUACAAUUUACGUGCUCUUUUUGAACAGUACGGCCAUUUGACGUUGUAUAUUUGGCUGGGUACAUGUGACAUCACAAGAAAAUUUGGUAAGUUUAUUUCUUUAGUUUCUGAUGAUUCUCAGUCUAUUGUAGAGAAUGUUGUUCACCAUAUAGAUAGUUUUCAUUCAAUUGUCAAAGAAUUUAAGGGAGUUAAACUCAUAUUUUUGGAAAUUCCCCCUUAUUCUAUAGCAGAAUGGAAUAAAAGCAGAGAACAUUGUGAUCCUGAUAGUUUUCUUGCUCAGGACAAAGUUUUGAUUGAAAUUAUCAAUUCCAUUAAUUCUCAUUUAAGGGAAGUCAAUGACAAAUUAUCUGUUUAUAGUCCCAGGUAUAAGCUAGAUGUUUUGAAGUAUAGAAAAGGGAAAGACAAAUCUCAAAGAGUUUCAUUGAAUUUUCAAUUAUAUUUGGAUGGAGUACAUCCCGGACCAAUGUUAGCCAGAGUGUGGUUAAAAAGACUUAUUGAGAACAUUUUUGUACAUUGUUCUUAGAUGUCUUAAUAUAUACAGUGUUGUUGAUACAUUACUGUUAUACUUGGAGCAGGUAUCUGUUGGCAGGGACUGACCCAAUCACAGAAUUCUUACCUGUUAUCCAAUACACUGUAUCAUAGAUUUGUUCAUGUAUAUAGUAUUACACUGUUGGGUUUGUGUUGGUAGGGAUUGACCCAAUCAUACUUUUAUACCUUAUCAGUUGUUUUACUAUUGCAUGUUAUAUUUCUGUCAUUUAUUUACAUAAUGGCAGACUCAGGUAAGGAAGAAUUAGGUAAGAAGAAGUUAGAUAAGGUAGAAACAGAUAAGAAAAAGUCAGAUAACAAAGAAUCAGGUAAAAAAGAAUCAGGAAAGGAAGACUCAGGUAAAGAAUCGGCAAAGAUGCCAUUAGCUAAGGCAGAAACAAAGGAUGAUACAGGUGCAAGUUCUUUACAGCAUCACAUAUCUGAGGUACAAAAAGAUCCAAACUACAGAGUCUUAACUAAGGAAGAGUAUGAUCUCUUAGUAAAUGCUAGUUUAAAGCAAGGUAAAACUAGUACCCCUUUAGUUAAAACAAAGAUCUCAACAAUGGAAAAAGUCUUACAUAGUGCAGGUAAGCCAGUGCAUUUUGAUUUUCCAAAGACACCAGAUAUCCCUCCUACCCCUACAUGUACAAUUAGCACCCAAUACAACUUUCCAAAGUUACCAACAUUUAGUGGUGCUGAUGAUUCCAAGCAAGGUGAGGUGAAAUAUGAAGUGUGGAACUUUGAGGUCAAAUGCCUUCAAAAUUCAGGUCAGUACCCGGAGCACAUUUUAUUACAGUCAGUUAGAAAUUCACUGAAAGGGCUUGCCCGAUCAAUGUUAGUGUCUAUUGGAGAAAAUGCUUCUCUGAAAGAUAUUCUAACCAAACUUGAUGGUUUUUUUGGAAAUGUUGCUUCAGGGGAAACUCUUAUGCAAUCUUUUUAUAACGAUAUGCAAAAAGAGGGAGAAUCACUAGUAGUGUAUGCAUCUAGAUUAGAAGAUACCUUAUCUAAAGCUAUAAAAUAUGGCCAUAUAGAUGCCGUAGCAAAAGACGGUAUGCUAAGAAGUAAAUUUUGGACUGGUUUGUACAAUGUACAGUUAAAACAAAGUACAAGACAUUUAUUUGAUUCAGUUAAAAACUUUGAAUAUCUUCUUAGGGAAAUUAGAAAAGUACAGCAAGAAGAAUUGUCAACACCGGUGAGAAAGACACAGAGAGCAUUCCAACAAGCAGAGAGAGCAGAAACAACAGAUUUACAAAAGGAACUGCAGAAACUGACAUCAACAAUGCAAAGGUUAGAGAGCAAAAGUGACAGUACCUCUCAAAGUUUUCAACAAUUAAGCAGUAAAGUAAAUCGGUUAGAAAAAAUGUCAAACCAGCAAAGUCCAAACUUUAGUGGGUCAAGUAGAGGUAGAGCAAGAGGAUUUGGUUUUCGUGGAAACUCUAGUAGAGGCUAUGUCCGCAGACGAGGUCAAUUUCGGGGUCAAGGUCAUUUCAGUGUAAAUGAAAAUCAAACUCAAUCAAAUAAUCAAGUGCCUCAAAAGAGUAACAAUUCAACAAACUAGUUACCUCUUCUAUUAAAGGGCAGAUGGGGGAGGAAUCUGUAAAUAAAAGCCCUAAAAAGAAUUUGUUGUCAAGAAUGGUGGGUCAAUCAAACGAAAGUAAAAUCAUUAUUAAUGGUGUUGAGAUAAAUGCUUUGAUAGAUACAGGUUCUAUGGUUACAUGCAUGUCAGAAGAGUUUUACAACUCAUUAAGUCAUAAACCUGAACUUCAUAGUAUUGAAGAUUUUGAGUUGAAAGUGUUUAGUGCAGAGGGUAGUACUUUGCCAUAUUCAGGUUAUGUGGAAGUAGAAUUUCAAGUACCUUUUCUGUCAAAAGAAUCAUUCUAUGUACCAGUCUUAGUUAUGAAGGGAACAGAAUACAGUAGUAAAGUCCCGGUAAUUGUUGGUACUAAUAUUAUAAGACUGUGUAGGGAAUAUUAUAAGUGCAUAGAAACAACUAUUCCAGAUGAAUGGGAAUUAGCCUUUACAAAUUUAAGUGUUGAUAGUGAUAUGCCUGUCAAAAGCACAAAUAAAUAUCCCAUUACUGUAGCACCAUAUGAGGUAAGAACAAUUUCUGGAUUAGUUAAGACCAUGGACAAGGUGAGUACUGCUAUAACAGAGCAAAUAGAUACAAAUCAAAAUGGUAGUCUUGUGAUAUGUCCAAGAGUUGUUACAAUCAAAAGUGGCAAAACUUCCCGAGUACCUGUUCGUGUUUGCAAUAUGUCAGCACAACCAAUCAAAAUAGCACCAAAAUCAGUCAUUUGUAACGUAAGUGCUGCAAAGGUGGUAGAUACUUUAGAUUCACCAUUGUUAGAUUCCAAGGACCAUACGUCUUUUAAUCUUGUGGAUGCAGGUAUAAAGGUUAAUCAUAAUAACUUAACCUCAGAUCAGUCAGAAAAGUGUCAUAAUUUUCUUAAUAAGUGGAAGCACAUCUUUUCUACAUCUUUUAAGGACAUAGGGAGAACAGAUUUAGUAGAACAUGAAAUCAAACUAACAGAUAAUGUUCCUUUUAAAGAACCAUACAGAAGGAUACCACCAGCAAUGUUUGAGGAGGUAAGGCAUCAUCUCAAAGAAAUGCUAGAUGCUGAUGCUAUUAGAAAAUCUAAAAGUCCUUAUUGUUCUAAUGUAGUACUAGCCAGAAAAUCAGACGGUUCACUCAGGUUUUGUAUAGAUCUUAGGAAGUUAAACAACAAAACUAUUAAAGAUGCAUAUAAUCUUCCUAGAGUGGAUGAAACAAUUGACACUUUAAUUAGCAGUAAGUAUUUUUCUAAGUUAGACUUAAGA